UAGUAAUCUGGGAUGAUAAGUUAGUAUUGUUUGGCCUAUGAGACCUGCUCUCCAAUUUGGUGAUCCUGCUCAUAUCCACCUGAAACUCCCUCUCAUUAUUCACUAUUCAUGAGGCAAUCAAUGGAAUGCCCCAUUUCACACCCGCAGCCAACUAUCUCUAUACAUACUUAUGCUGGUAUCUGCUUCUACGAAAUGGAGAUACCUGCAGCAAUUGCCCUGUUUAUCCCCGUCCGUGAGCUGGCCAAUCGACCAGCUCAGCAGGGUGACGUGCAUCCUCCAAAUUAGUACUUACUUACCGUACACUAUGCUAGUACUUACCACCGAUGCAUGCGACAUCUAGACCGGCUAAAUGUCCUCCGUCCUGCUUGCUGAUUUCAAGUGCAGCCGUUCAUCCCCUCAUGCUGCUAAGCCGGCCGUAACAAAAUGGGGGUUUCCAACAAGCAGUGAAGCGCUCCGCACCAAAGAAAGGGCGGAACGAAAUGGUAGUGAGAGGGGGCGAAGGGAGCCACGUCCCGAUCAUGUCCGACGCUGAAAAGUGUCUAGAUAACCCAUCUCCUCUUGCUUCUUUGUGUGAAUCUCAAAUCGCCGGUACGCGGUAGAAGUCAUGUUGACUCGACGCCUCAAGGUUUCCAAUAGUCUGUUCCUGCCACUAAGGAUGCCCGGCUGGGUUCAUUGUUCUUCCCCCUUUUCUCUGCCCCGCGUUUCCCGUGCGCCUGUCAGGGAGAGUUUCAACUUUCGACUGUCUCGGCCCUUGGUCCGGUCAAAUGCGUCUUGCUGGGGCGGCACGUGUGGCCGACGCCUCCAGUCAGCGUUCCAAUGAACUUCAGGCCAGUUGCCUU